GGAAACCAGUUUGCGGAGCGAUCUCAUUGUUCGUCCGUCUGCGGAGUCGGCCGGCCUUCGGUAAUUUAUGCCGCGCUUCUCUUUAGUUGCCUUGCAAGUCUCGUGCCGUUUGAUCGCCGAAGCGCGCGCAAUUCCCAGAAAAAAAGUCCACGCGAUUGCCGUUCCCCCAUCGACUGGUUGGGAGGCUGCUUGAAACUUCCGUCGGAAUCGGAACCUGCCUGUGGCAGUGGUAGUGAUGAAGUCGGGCCUCUGAGGGCCAACUUCUCAGUGAAUACGGAGCAUUACAAGGCUUUUGGCAUUAGAGUGUGCAAUCUUGAAGUAGACUUGAAUCAAACCCAAGCCAAAUAAAGUAGCUCUGCCGUGAAGUUUAGUUCCUAAGUUAUCAGAUAAGCCCUAAGGAUUUCCCCCACCAUGGAUAUGUCCAGCGCCAACUCGUUGCGACCGCUCUUCGCGGGUUACCCCUUUCAAGGACAAGGACGCGUCAACCAGCUCGGGGGCGUCUUCAUCAACGGCCGCCCGCUGCCCAAUCACAUUCGGCUCAAAAUCGUGGAAAUGGCGGCCAGUGGAGUCCGACCCUGUGUCAUCUCCCGCCAGUUGCGCGUCUCCCACGGCUGCGUCUCGAAGAUCCUCAACCGAUACCAGGAGACGGGGUCGAUCCGGCCGGGGGUCAUUGGAGGAUCUAAGCCGAAGGUUACCUCCCCAGAGAUCGAGACCCGGAUCGAUGAGCUGCGCAAGGAAAACCCGGGAAUUUUCAGUUGGGAAAUACGCGAGAAGCUGAUCAAGGAAGGCUUCGCGGAUCCACCCUCCACCUCGUCCAUCAGCCGGCUGUUGCGGGGAAACGAUCGGAGCAGCGAGGACGGGCGCAAGGACUACACCAUACACGGAAUACUUGGAGGACGCGACUCGGACAUCAGUGACACGGAAUCGGAGCCUGGGAUUCCUCUCAAGCGCAAGCAGAGACGCUCUCGCACCACCUUCACCGCCGAGCAACUGGAGGCCCUGGAGAGAGCCUUUGCCCGGACCCAGUAUCCGGACGUCUAUACCCGAGAGGAGCUCGCCCAGACCACGGGCUUGACAGAAGCACGGAUUCAGGUGUGGUUCUCGAACCGAAGGGCUCGUCUUCGGAAGCACUCCGGCGGCUCCAGCUCAGGACUAUCGCCUAUGAAUAGCGGGAGCUCUGGAGUGGGUGUCGGAGUGGGCGUGGGACCCAGUGGGGCGACUGCUCCGCUCGGCUUCGGUCCUCUGGGAGUGGGCUCCAUGGCAGGCUACAGUCCGGCACCAGGGACCACCGCCAACGGAGCGACAAUGAACGAGGGCAGUGUUCAUCACACCGCACAUGCUCCGAGCUCGCACCACAGCGCAGCGGCAGCCGCGGCAGUGGCGCACCACCACACCCAGAUGGGAGGCUACGACCUGGUGCAGAGUGCGGCGCAGCACGGAUUCCCCGGUAGCUUCGCCCAGCCUGGGCACUUUGGCAGCCAGAACUACUACCACCAGGACUACUCCAAACUGAGCAUCGACGACUUCUCCAAGCUGACCGCCGACAGCGUCUCGAAGAUCUCCCCCUCGCUGCAUCUGAGCGACAACUACUCCAAGCUGGAAUCGCCCUCCAACUGGUCCCAGGCGGCAUACCACCUCAACCAGUCGGCAGUGGCGGCUGCAAACUACAAUGCCCAUGUGGCCCAGCACCAGUUGAACGACUACGCCGCCGCGGCGGUCCACGGGAAUGCGGCGGCAGCGGCGGCCUACAACCACCCCUUGCCGGCCCAGGGUCAGGCCAAGUACUGGUCGUGAGCACCAGGAGAGCAUAGGAGGCACCCAUACCAGUAUGGACAUAUCGGCUUGGCUAUAACUUAGAAGUACUUUGGCUUUUAGAGGCGCAUUAAGGCUGGCUACGUUUCUGUAGAUGUACAUUCAUAUAUUUAUUUAGCUUGAUAUUUUAAGGUACUCUUGGACGCUUUUAAAUUGUAAAAAUCGA